AUGUCUGACUCAACCCAUGUCACAUACCUCCCUUAUGUCCUUGACGCUGCCACAUGCGCCAUCGGCUCUCUCCUCAUCUAUUCGGGGGUGAAAGGAACAUUUAUCGACCCUCUUGCCUGGGCCAAAGGUUUCGGGCUUCCUACAGCAACUCCAGAGAAUGUAGUGCUUUUCCCUAGCGCGACAGGUCGAAACCUCGGCGCCGGCAUUUUUGUCUGGGCCAUGAUUCUCCUUCGCGAGAGAGAGAUCUUGGGCAUUUUCUUGAUGUGCUGGCAAGACAUCAGUAUGGACUUUAUCACGUACCCGGAACCAAGCUACAGCUACGGCGCGGUCCUUGUCAUAGUGGACCGCCUGACUAACAUGAAGCGCUUCAUACCCUGCAAGGACACCUGCAAUGCCGAAGAAGUGACCCGCCUAUACAUCCGCCAUGUCUGA